AUGGAUCACUUGGCCUGUUAUGCAAAGAAUCCGUCAGUAACCCAAGCUGUUAAUGGUUCAGAAAAGUCAUCAAAAGAAGUUUCUAAUGUUUUGGAAGACAAUCUUGACCAAGAGUGGUCACAAAUUUCUCGGAUGCACAACAGUAUAGCAUCUUUCAGAGACAAGUCUAUCAACAAAUGGCAGAGGAUUACGCAAGUGACAACCGGUGUUGCUGCAAUUAAAGGCAAACACGCUUUUAAUCAGGAUAUCAGCAAUCAAGUUGCUGGCUAUAUGAGAGAUCCUAGUAGAAUGGUCAAGCAGAUGCAACUGAGAAAAUCAGCUGUUAACGUAUUUGGAUCCGACAUAAGGAACGGCUCGGGAAAUCAUCGUGCACUAUCAAGCACCACACUGUUUCCACAAAGUAUUCGAAAUUCCACGCCCAAGAGUCAAUAUAAUCGAGGUUCAAGUGCUCCACCAACAUCUAUCGAAGCGAACGGAAACAUACUAAACAAAAAUAAUGGAUCCCAUUUUGACGUGGUAAACGGAAUCAAUAGAAAUAUGAUAAAAGGAAGAGAGAUAGAUGAAAGACAAUACUCAGCAAAACUGAGUGAAAUUGACGUAUACGAGAGCUCUCGUUACGACGCGCUGUUGCUUAAAGAAGAUUUGAAGAAUACAAACUGGCUUCAUAGUGUGGAUGAUAAAUUUGAUCAAGGCUCCUUAUUAUUUGAUAAUGGAUUCGAGAACCUGCCUGAGCCUUUUGGUCUCUUAUAG